UUAAGGUUACUGUCAUAGGUUUUCCCGAGGCAGCAGAUCUCUUGUUCUUCUGUGAUGAAAUUCUAUGACACCCUUUUAGAGUAACAUUCAUUUAGAAGCAUUUUUAUAAAUCUUCCAAUCAUGUGGUUUUCUUCCUUUAUUCGACGACGGAGUCUAACGAUUUUUGUAGGAAUAACUAUACUUGGGGCUGCCCUCCUUGUUUUCUUCUUUAACGAUAAGAGCUGGUCCAUUUCCCUGCCCCAUGUCAAUUCUGAUGGAAACAUACCGGUCUGUCCAGUGCAGAGGAAGGUCCUGUUCAGGGAUAGGAACUGUGACCUUGACUCUCCAAAGGGGUUACUUUACAAACAACCAGGUAUAACAUUGGGGCGCUGCGAUGUGGUGGCUGUAACCCCCUGGUCAGCACCAAUUGUCUGGGAAGAAACUUUUGACCCUGUUUUAGUUGACGCCAUAUACAAGCCAAAGAAUCUGACCAUUGCUACAACUGUGUUUGCCAUUGGAAAGUAUAUCAGGUUUCUGCGUGAUUUCUUGGAAACUGCAGAGAAGCACUUUAUGGUUGACUUCAAAGUGCACUAUCACAUUUUCACUGACCAGCUGCAAGACGUGCCAGCAGUGGAUCUGGCUGCUGGAAGAAAAAUCUUUGUCCAUCAGGUGCCGAAAUUAAAACGCUGGCAGGACAUCUCUGCUUCGAGGAUGCAGAUGAUCCAGACCAUCAUUGAGGAGCAGCUUUACCGAGAGGCAGAUUACAUCUACUGCCAGGAUGUCGAUGCAAAAUUCCACUUUCGCUGGGGUGCAGAGACACUGGAUCGGCUAGUUGGCCAAAUACACCCUUGGUUCUAUGAUUUGGGUCGCGACCAGUUCACUUACGAACGGCGUCCUGAGUCUACAGCUUAUAUUCCUCCUGGGGAGGGAGACUUCUAUUAUAUUGGAGCCAUGUUUGGGGGCAGAGUUGAGGAAGUCUAUAAACUGGUUAAAAGUUGUCAUGAAAAUCUAGAAGCAGACAAAGCAAAUGGAAUAGAGGCAGCCUGGCAGGAAGAGAGCCACCUAAACUGGUACCUGCUUUACAAUAAACCAUCUAAGAUUUUGUCCCCAGAGUACCUGUGGGAUGACCUAAGGGGUAAAGCAAAUGUUAUGAAAGUCGUUCGCCUUUCACAUAUCCUGAAGAACUAUGCAGAAGUAAGAGAAAAUACAUAGGCUUUAUACAAGCAAAGGCACAGCAUGAGACUCAAAGGAGCACAGUAUGCUUUUGUAGCAGUUGAAAUAUUUUAUUUCUUUUAUAUGUUUUUUUUAUAUUUUAUUAGUCAACUGAACUUUGAACGGUAACUGGUUAUAUAAAUGAGUAAGUUAAAUUAUUAUGUGGAGGGUUCCAUAGCUCCGGGUUGCAGGUGGGGUUUAGCUUGCAGUUACACCUUACGCACGCACCUUGCUGCGCGCCUCUGCGGCUCCUCAGAGGCACAGUGGGUGCUUUGCGGUAAGUUGACUUCGGUCAACUCUCCCACAUUUUGUGAAUUGGAACGGUUAAACUGCUUAAUUAAUAAGUAACAUGAGUAUAUGAUGGUGUGCAGUCAUUUUAUAUGCAUGUUUCAGUACUUAUAAGUUAGUUUUGGAGGAAAAUUACAUGUAACAUUUUACAUGUGCAGGGAGCGGGAGAAACUGCAGUUGACUACGUGUGUGUACAAUCCCCAUUCUGCUUUCGUGGUGCAGGUAGAAUAAAAUAAAACGAAGAAUUGA